UCGCACUACAAUUUCUUUUAUAAUUAUCUAAUGAAAUGACGAUGACUUUCGAACAUCCCUCCCCCACCAACAGCCUCCGAGAAGAGGUAUAUAUAAAUUCAUACACGGACUACUAAUUAUCCCAAUUCUUAUCUUCUCUAUACUUAGCUUAAUUAUUUCUUUGAUCUUUCUAAAACAAACAUAGCUGCAGUGAAAAGGGACUUGGGGAGAUGGGAAAUUGUCUGAAUAAACGGGGAUCGUCAUCCAUGGUGUGGGCUGCAGAAGAUGAAGAGGAUGAGUGGGAAUGGGAAUCGCAAGAAAAGAAGACUCAAAAGACUGGCAAUGGAAAUAGCAGCAGGUUGGUUGUAGGUGGCGGAGGUGAUGAUAAAAACAGUAGCGCCGCCGCACCUUCUACGACGCUGAAGAUCACAAUCUCAAAGAAUCAGCUGGAGCAGUUGCUUGGGCUGGUGAGAAAAGGAGAGAAUAGUACUUGUAAUAAAAAAUAUCAAAUAAUCUUAGCAAGAUUGUUGGCGGAUUCCGGUAGUAGUACUGAUCAGCACGGCGGAGAUAUGGUGGUGCGCCAACGGUCAUGGAGACCGCGUUUGCAAAGCAUUCCUGAACUCAAUUGAACAUAUUCGCCUAUUCUUAAUUCCUGUACAUUAUAUAUCUAUUAUUGGUGAGAUUGUUAUUUGUUAAUUAGUUGAUGCAGGUUGUCGUCUGUAACUUGAGCCCAGAUUUAUGAGUAAUCUGAUUUUUUUAAUGCAUGUUCGUAUCGAUUCUUCAAAUUCAUUGUCUAAUACUACCUCUGUCUCAAUGCAAG